CCUUGCUGCAGGUCGUAGAUUGAUAUUCUCUCUCGUCUGCUACCGCAACAAUGGUGAAUAAAGUUACGAGGAAGAAGCAUUACAGGCCUCCGGGGCAGAAGAAGGAGGGUAAUGCAGCGAGAUAUGUGACCAGGUCGCAGGCUGUGAAGCAGUUGCAAGUUAGUUUGCCAGUUUUUAGGAAGCUAUGCAUUUUCAAGGGAAUUUUUCCUCGAGAGCCGAAGAAGAAAUUUAAAGGAAAUCACCACACUUACUACCACGUGAAGGACGUUGCUUUUCUUCAUCACGAACCACUCGUGGAGAAAUUCAGAGAGAUCAGGGCAUAUGAAAAGAAGAUAGAUAAAGCUGAUGCAAAAAAGAAUAAGGAGCGUGCAAACUUUCUAAAAGUUCAUAGGCCUACAUAUGUAUUAGACAGAAUAAUAAGGGAGAGGUACCCAAAAUUCAUCGAUGCGCUUAGAGAAUUGGACGACUGCCUCUCAAUGGUGCACCUUUUGGCAGCAUUACCGGCACAAGAGAGUGUAAAGGUUGAGGCAAAGCGCAUUCACAAGUGUCGGAGGUUGAGUCAUGAAUGGCAAGCAUUUAUUUCUCGAACUCAUAAAUUACGAAAAGUCUUUAUAUCCGUGAAAGGCAUUUACUAUCAGGCUGAGGUAGAAGGCCAAAAGAUUACAUGGCUCGCCCCUCAUUCGUUGCGUCAGGCAUUGACGGAUGAAGACUUAACUGUUAUUCUUAACUUCAUGGAAUUUUAUGAGACUUUUCUAGGCUUUGUGAACUUUCACUUAUAUCACUCGAUUAAUUUGAAGUAUCCACCGAUACUGGACCCUAAAUUGGAGGCUUUGGCAGCAGAUCUUUAUGCUUUGUCAAGAUACUUCGAUGCCAACUCUAGAACUUCUCUAUUGGGUCCUCAGACUUCUGGUUCUUUUGGAUCUGGAGAAAUAGAUGCUGAACAAAAGUCUGAACUUAGACUUGCGCAGCUUCAACUUCAACUUCCCUUAGACGAGCCAACUGCAUUGAUGCAUCUUGUUGAAGAUGCAGCUUGUAAGGAUGAGGAUGAGGAUACUAGGGAGUGUAAGAAACUUUUUAAGAACAUGAAGUUCUUUUUAAGCCGUGAGGUUCCUAGAGAAUCACUGCUUUUCGUUAUCCCUGCUUUUGGUGGCAUGGUUUCUUGGGAAGGAGAUGGAGCACCAUUUAAGGAAUCCGACGAAACCAUUACUCAUCAGAUUGUUGACAGGCCAACGCAGCCUCACAAGUUCCUCUCUAGAGACUAUGUUCAGCCCCAAUGGGUCUUUGAUUGUGUGAAUACACGAAUCAUCUUGCCAACUGAUGUUUAUUCGGUGGGAAGGGUUCCUCCUCCGCAUCUUUCACCUUUUGUUGACAAUGAGGCAGAAGGAUACGUUCCUGAUUAUGCCAAGACCCUUAACCAGUUGAGGGCUGCUGCAAAAAGCGAAGUCUUGCCAUUGCCGGGACUAGGCAAAGAAAAUUUGGAUGAUCCUCAGAAUUUGUUGGCUGAAGGUGUCACUGAUCGAGCUGAGGCUAUCAUAGCUGUUGAGAAGAGACAAAAGAUGAUGGCUCUUGAGAAACAGUAUCACGAUGAGUUAAAAUUGGAGAUUGAAGGACGACAAUAUCAUUCAGCUAUUUCAAAAGUUGAUAAGCAGUCGUCUGGUGAGGAGAGUGAGGGUGGCGAGGAUUCCAACCUCCCUGAUUAUCAACAAAUUGCAGAAGAUAAUUCUAACCUGUCACUGGUUCUUAUGUCAAGAAACAUUAGAGGCAUUUAUAAGGCUACGCAGCUUGGUACAAGAAGGAACCAGGAUCGUAUUAAACUUCUCGAGGAAAGAAAGAGUAAGUUAGGAGAAUCUCACCAAUCGCAGUAAGUCAAAUACAACCGCAAUUUUGUUCUCAAUCAUUUGCAGUAUUAUUUUUGGAUGUGCUAGUUGAGUUAGUGUGCAGUUGAGUGUAACUCUUUUAUCAUCAUUUGUGUUAGAUUCGGUUGAAAUUAUUAGUUUUGACGAACUAUGUCUGAAUUUUGUUAUCUGCCACC